GACACAUGGUGCUGAUCGUCUUUGGUGCUGAUUCAUAUAACACGUGGGAAUACCGGUGCGCGGUAUUAAAUCUGCUACAGUGCAGUUUACGCGACAGUACCGGUACGAGUGGUGAAUAGCGGUUUCCGAGACUGAAAAAUGGCUCAAUUUCUCAACACUUUUACCAGUAACCGCCACUAUUUUGUGGGAGCUGCAUUAUUAGCAACGUCGAGCAUUGCUGCUUAUUCAACCUACAAACUCUUGAGUCAUGAUGACAGUCGUUUAGAAGUAGAAAAUAAGUAUGAAACUGAAAAACUUGUCAACGAAUAUUUAGUAUUUCAUUACGGGGCUCCCGAUGAGUUGCUUCGCUACAGUGUCGGCCCCAGGGAUGCCCUGGACUUCCCUCGCAGAGUUGCGGACGAAGCCCUGCACGGCCUUCUCACAACAGACAAGAGCACAAUCCCAAACAGAGCUCUUGACAUCGGCUGUGCUGUUGGAAGGACCUCUUUUGAGCUGGCGAGAGAAUUUGAGCAAGUUGUUGGUAUUGAUUUCAGUCAUGCCUUCAUAGAAACAUGUAAUCUUCUCAAGGAUCAUGGUUCUUUGCAGUACUCUGUCACGGAUGAGGGAGACCUAUGCACGAACCUGACUGCUGUCGUAGAUUCAACAAUAGAUCGAAAAAGAUGUCACUUUCAGCAAGGCGAUGCUUGCAACCUUCCCCUAGAUUUGGGCUUGUUUGGUUGUGUGGUGGCGGCUAACCUUAUAUGUAGAUUACCAGAUCCGAUGGACUUUCUGAACAGGGUUCCCGGUCUUGUUGCUUCCGGAGGUUUACUAGUACUCACGACACCAGCUUCCUGGGACACUGAAUUUACACCAAAGGCCAAGUGGCUUGGAGGCUACAGGGACAAAGAUGGCAAACCUGUUACCACUUUGGACUCGUUAAAAAGGAUUCUAGGGCCCGAUUUCACUCUGAUGGAUGACAGAGGUCUACCCAUGUUCAUCCGGGAAACCGCGAGGAAAAACCAAUGGACAGUGCCGCAACUUAGCGUCUGGAGACGGAAAUGAUGUCUACGAUCCUUCCCGAUGAUGUUCUGAUUUUUGGCGUGUAUCAAGGAAUAUACCUUUCCUAGUAUCAAGUCCCAUCGCAUCCGUUCUCCUUUCCUUUCCAUCUGAGAGCUUCAUAUAGAAAGUCAAGUUUCUUUCUGCAUCUGAUUUGACUUUGCUCAAUUCUCUGAUUAAACAGCUUCAUUUCAGUUAGUUAGGAGUCAAAAGUUUUAAAUCUGGUUUGUCCCUGUUGAAUGGGAGUGGCUGGAUUCACCUUACACAUGUAGUAAUCACCCUCACCCCCUUCCUCUACCUUGCAAGAUUCAGUGCGUCCUCCAUCUUAAAACCAACUCCCUAACUUUUCUUCUUUGGCUGUCCUGUUCUCUCUGAAACAUUUUUAUUGGUAUUGAUACAAGUUAACAGUGUGUAACCACCACUUCCAAUUCACAUGAUUGCAUGGUUGAUGGGUAAGAUCACGAGGAAGAGGGAGGGGGGGGGGGUGCUGCUGUGUAUAAACUGAGAAUAGCAUCCAGUCAAUACAGUCGUAAACAUAGGUUUCAAUGUUUGUAGUUAAAAAAAAUCAAAUUAUUAACUCUUCAUCUCUCACCCUGCAGUGUAACAUGUGGUGGUAAUAGUCUAUUUUUGUGGUUUGAGACUCUAAGUCUAUGUUUAGGAAAAUGUCUAUAAUAGAGUUUUUAACUUUCUCCAGGAGUAAAUUAUUGAACUAGAUUUUCAAUGUAUUAUUUAUAUUUUUUCUGUACACGAUAGAUAAAUGUACGAAGAACUUAAAAAUUCAUGUUCAUUUAGAGAAGUGUCCAUCCAUAUUAUAAUGUGAUCUACAGUAAUUACUUUAAUUAAAGAUUAAUUGACUUGUAUGUUGAUAGUCUUUUGUUUUCUUAAAUGAUGAAUUAAGAAUAUUAUGCAAGUGACAUUACAGUGUGUGAGUUAAAUUGUUAGUUUUCAUUUACUUUAUUAAUUGGAGACCAAAAUUAAACACUUAAGGCAUUUCCUAUACUUGGUAAUGGUUUGGUCUGAAGUGUGGAUGGAAAUUGAUUGAGCUGAAUUUAGUACCUGUCAUCAAAUUUUAGCAGUGGGACUAUUUAUUUUACAAGUGUGACUGUAUUUCAUAUUGCUGAGAAUCAUGAUUUAUUCAGAAUUUAGUAAUGAAGUAAUGAUCAGUAGAUCAUAUAUCCUUUUCAAAUUGGCAACAUUGGUAAGAAGCACCUUGUGGCUGGAUUGGUACCACGUAAGUUGGAACCAUCACUCACAAGCAUUGUUGAAUAAAUCUAUUGCUAUAGUGAAAGUAUAGUCACACUGAAACUGACUUCAAAGUUUCAAACCGACCAAUGAUACGCAAUUCAAAAUAAUGUAAUUGCUUUGCUUGAUCUGGGCCCUGUUGCAGAAAGAGUCGCGUUUAACGAAAGUAAAAAUAUCAAGAGAAAGUUCCGAAUAUCGGUACGGGUGCAUCAUUGGCUGAAAAUCAAGCUGCGCAAGAUUUUUUGAGUUGCGUUAGAUCGCAACUCUUUCUGCAAUGAGCCCUGUCUUACAAAGAGAUACGAUUGAUCUGAUCGCAACUCUUUCUGCAAUGAGCCCUGUCUUACAAAGAGAUACGAUUGAUCUGAUCAACCUCAACUAUGGAAAGCCAGCAACGCCCACAUCUAAAACUACAUGUUUGUUCAAAAUAUUUUCUUGAUAUGAUGUAUAUUCAUACAUUCACUGUUUUCUUGGCAAUUCAGUAUGCUUCUCAUUGUUUUCAAAGGACAUUGAACAGAUUUCCUAAAGAAAAAAAUUAUGACAUUGAUGGAUUUCCAUAUACUUGAGAUUAAGCCUGAGUCGAAUCGAUUUUAAAAUCGGUGUUCGAUCGAUGUCAUCGAGCGCCGGUGCAGAUUUUGCAAAAUCGGUGCAUCGAAAAAAAAAAGAAAAAAAAUACAUCGGCCGGCAGAUUUGUUUGAUUCACACAAUCAAUCAUCAAAAUAAACAGAAAUGUCCAACUUGACUACUAGUACUACUUACUUGAUUUGUAUUCCCCCCAAAAUGAAACCGAUUGUGUAAUUAUGAUGCCUAUUCACCAUUAAUUUGAAGUUUAUUUCGAUCAUAGUUCGAGUCUUACUCGUCUGCUCGUGCCGAGAUAAUUUAUGCACGAUGAAUUCAUGAAUGGAAAUCAUCGAUUGUGCAGCGCAUGCGCUGUACUGUGCUUUAAUCAAAACAGAAAAUGGCCGGAAAAUUGACGCAAUCAACGUAAAAUAAACCUUGCUAUCAUGAACAAUAUUAAUAUCAUGACCAUAGAACAUUAUUUAAUCGUAAUAUUUGACAAUAAUUUGCAUAUGAUAAUCAUUAAUAUGAAUUUAGAGCUUGAUGUGAAACGUUUGUAUUUCGUUUCAAUUUUCAAUGACGGACAUCACAUGACGAUCGACUUGAGCGAGAACACUUGUCAAAAAAAAAAAAUUAUCACGUCAGGAUUGAUUCUCGAACAUAAUUGUCAACAUGCAGAAACUUUUUCAAGAUCGUAAUAUCUCCAUAUAAUAACAUUUUACAUCAUGUAACAUGACAAAACAGAGUAAAUUGCGUGAUAUUUUUUUUCCAUCAAUUUGAAGCUAAUUUGUGCCCAACUUCGAGCUCUGAUUUUCAUUAAUGGAAAAUAUGUCCUACGUCAACGAACGCGCAUGCGCAUUGUGCUUCUUUUUCUCGGAGCUAGCUAGCUAGCUCCGGAGACGUCCAGGCCAGAGAUGGAAUUAAAAUAAAAAAUAAUGCCAGUAUAUUAAAUACUAUAAAUACUUCCAUAUGAACAUGAAAUGCUUUGCUGACAUUGUCAUUAUCUUUAAUAUGGCCAUAAAAUCUUAUUAAAUCGUAAUUACUUAACAUCCAAUAAUAAUUCAUAUGAAUUUAGUGCUCGAUCCGAGACAUAUUUAUUUCGAUUGCAUGCUCUUGUCUUGACGUGUCUAAAAUUAAAAAAAUAUGGAUUAUCAUAUCAGGAUUAAUUCUCGAACAUCGUCAUUACUCAUAUUCCACAAUCUUUCCUCACAAUCGUUAUAUCAGCAUUGAAUACCAAUUCAAAUGACCAUCCAGAGAAAAUUACGUAUUUAUUCCCGUCAAUUUGGAGCUCAUUUUGGAUCUAACUACACAAUCUCAGGCAAGUUACAGUGCUCCCGCUGGUUGCACUUUUUUGCUGGCGAUGGCCGGGGCUGCGGGCGGGGGUGGUGUGUGCGAGUCUGGACCGCGAAUGCUAGUUGACCGAGAAUCGUUCGGAUCGACUCUGCGUGAUUCAUGUCUUUGAUAUUGUUUCAUUUUAAACUUAUAUAUUGUCAUCUGCAAAUAUCAUUGUUGAUGAUAUUUUGGGAAGAAUUCUGCAUUGGUCCCGGCUUUUUUGUGUUUUGUGAUCAUGGAAAAUACAAACGAACUUUGCUCUGUCAUCUGCUUGUGCAACGCUCACCCAGCCAGCGCAUACCGUCAGUGCAUGCAAUGCGUGCAUAGUGCAUCGACGACGCGACGGCCGGAGCAAAAAAAAUAUUGACUCGAUUUUCCCCGCCGCGCCUUCAAAAUUCGAUUCAUCGAUGUUCGAUCGAAUUAAAGCUGUCGAACACCGGUUUUCAAAAUAAUCGAUAUGACUCAGGCUUAAAUUGAUCGGAUCAAUCAUAACUCUUUGUUAGGAGUCGGUUUCGUUGGUGUGAUUGUAGCACAAAGGAUUUUUUAAAAGGAAAUAUGUUUGAAGUGAUGGGAGACUUUUGCAAACUAAUGAAUCAUGAAAGAAUGCACCUGGCUUCCUGUUGCGUAAAACUUAUUACCAUAAAAAAAAAAAGUGUGGUAAGGAUUAAAAACUUGGUUAAAUAGUGCUCACGCUUCUGCCAUUGACUUUCAAUAGAUGGAAAAAGAUGGUAAAAAUUUACCUGUAUUUCUCAUGUAAAAGGUUUCAUGCAACAGGGCCCUAGGCCUUGUAAGGUUUAGGGAUUGAUCUUUGAGCCGAUUUCUACAAUUGAUUGUGUUGAUUCAUUGUUAUAAUCAAUCACUUAGCUUUAUUUGUAUGUUACAGCACCAAUGUGUGUUUGUGUUUACCCGAGUUAAAGCUAGUGGUAAUCAAACAAUCUAACUUGGAAUGAUGUGCACCCUUACAUGUAUAACAAUUGGAUAGAAUCAACUCAUCAAGUUGUUUUUUUAAUCAGUAUUCUGUUUUGCAUUGCACAAUGUAUUUAUGCCUAUGUUCUUAGUAAUGACUCUGAAUCGGUGUUAAAGGGGUACUCUAGCCUGAAAUUUAUUUGGAUUGAGUAAAUGGAGUACCGUAGUAUAAACAAGCAAAACACAAUUUUAUUGAAAUUUGUAUGAAAAAGAAGGAAUUAUGGCAUUUUAGAAUUUUCAGAUAUUUGUAAUAAUGUAAUAUCCCCACUUUAUUAAUGAAAUUUAAAAUAGGGUUUUUGUUUUGUGUAUGAUUAUUAUUUUGCUAAAUGAACAAUUAAAAUUUGAUACCGGUAAGUUACAGAAUAAAAAGUAUGGUGGUAACUGUAUCAUCAUCAUCUUUAUCAUUGUAUAUUCAUGACGAUAUUACUCACAAAAAUGAUGUAAAACUUGAAAUUCUUUAACUUCAUUACUUUGCAUCUGAUUUCAGUGAAAUUUCCUGUUUUGCAUUUUUAUUGGACCAUUUUCUCAUACAUUUUACUUUCAGGGAAGAGUAUACCCCUUCAGGAAAGCAGGUAUUCAACUAUAUGUAUGAUGGAAACUGUAAUACGAGCAAUAAAUAUAUAUAGAUAUAAUGAAAA